UGGGGGGUGCAACUGGGAAGCCUGCUGCUGUGCUGCGGGUUUCUCUGCCUCCCCCCACCUGUACGAGGCUGGGCCUCAGGAGCCUGUGCUUAGCAUCCCAACCCCUGGGGCUUUGGCUUAGUCUUCCCUGCGGGUCCCCGCGCUGACAUUCGGGCGGGGAGUCAGGAGGCCGGGCGCGCCCGCAGAGCGCGCGGGGGGAGCCCGGGCGAGGGCUCUGGGCUCUGACGGCGGGAUUCCAGGGGUCCGCCCGCCUCCUAGACGCGUUUGUAGGCCCAGGGAAGCCUGCCCGGCGAGUGGGGGAAGCCAGAUUCGUGGGCGGGUGACAAGAAAGCAGGCUAAGAAAUGGCAUUUAAAAAGGCAGUGAAAGGGACUAUUCUUGCUGGAGGAGGUGCACUUGCAACUGUUCUAGGCCUCUCUCAGUUUGCUCAUUACAGAAGGAAGCAAAUGAGCCUGGCCUAUGUGGAAGCAGCAGAGUACGUUUCAGAACCUGUCAACAGGGAGCCUCCUUCCAGAGAAGCUCAGCUACUGACUUUGCAAAACACAUCUGAAUUCGAUGUCCUUGUCAUUGGAGGAGGAGCAACAGGAUGUGGCUGUGCACUAGAUGCUGUCACCAGAGGACUAAAAACAGCCCUUGUAGAAAGAGAUGAUUUCUCAUCAGGGACCAGCAGCAGAAGCACUAAAUUGAUCCAUGGUGGUGUGAGAUAUCUUCAGAAGGCUAUCAUGAAGUUGGAUAUUGAGCAGUAUAGGAUGGUAAAAGAAGCCCUUUAUGAACGUGCCAACCUAUUAGAAAUUGCUCCCCAUUUAUCAGCUCCGUUACCUAUAAUGCUUCCAGUUUACAAGUGGUGGCAGUUACCUUACUACUGGGUAGGAAUCAAGCUAUAUGAUCUGGUAGCAGGGAGUAAUUGCCUGAAAAGCAGUUAUGUCCUCAGCAAAUCGAGAGCCCUUGAACAUUUCCCAAUGCUCCAGAAGGACAAACUGGUAGGAGCAAUUGUCUACUAUGAUGGACAGCACAACGACGCUCGGAUGAAUGUUGCCAUUGCGCUCACUGCUGCCAGGUAUGGGGCUGCCACGGCCAAUUACAUGGAGGUCAUGAGCUUGCUGAAGAAGACAGACCCGCAGACAGGGAAGGAGCAUGUGAGCGGUGCACGGUGCAAGGAUGUGCUCACAGGGCAGGAAUUUGAUGUGAGAGCAAAAUGUGUUAUCAAUGCCACGGGACCUUUCACAGACACUGUGCGCAAAAUGGAUGAUAAGAACGCCACAGCUAUCUGCCAGCCGAGUGCUGGUGUGCACAUUGUGAUGCCUGGUUAUUACAGCCCAGAGAGCAUGGGGCUUCUUGACCCAGCGACCAGUGAUGGGAGAGUUAUUUUCUUCUUACCCUGGCAAAAGAUGACUAUAGCUGGCACCACCGACACUCCAACUGAUAUUACACACCAUCCUGUUCCUUCGGAAGAAGAUAUCAAUUUCAUUUUGAAUGAAGUGCGUAACUACCUGAGUUGUGAUGUUGAAGUGAGAAGAGGGGACGUCCUGGCAGCCUGGAGCGGCAUUCGUCCCCUUGUUACAGACCCCAAGUCUGCAGAUACUCAGUCCAUCUCCCGAAAUCAUGUUGUGGAUAUCAGUGAGAGCGGCCUCAUCACUAUAGCAGGUGGAAAAUGGACAACCUAUCGAUCUAUGGCAGAAGAUACCAUAGAUGCUGCAAUCAAGGCUCAUAAUUUGAAAGCAGGACCAAGUAAAACAGUUGGGCUUUUCCUUCAAGGGGGCAAAGACUGGAGCCCCACACUCUACAUUAGGCUUGUCCAGGAUUACGGACUUGAAAGUGAGGUGGCUCAGCAUCUUGCCGCAACCUAUGGUGACAAGGCUUUUGAGGUGGCCAAAAUGGCAAGUGUGACUGGAAAACGGUGGCCCAUUGUUGGUGUGCGUCUUGUGUCAGAAUUUCCGUACAUUGAAGCAGAGGUGAAAUACGGGAUUAAGGAGUAUGCCUGCACUGCAGUGGAUAUGAUUUCCCGUCGCACUCGCCUGGCCUUUCUAAAUGUCCAGGCAGCAGAGGAAGCCCUACCCAGGAUUGUUGAACUUAUGGGCAAAGAACUGAAUUGGGAUGAUCAUAAAAAACAGGAAGAACUUGAAACAGCCAAGAAGUUUCUGUAUUAUGAAAUGGGCUACAAAUCUCGAUCAGAACAGUUAACAGAUAGCUCUGAAAUUAGCCUACUGCCUUCAGACAUUGACAGGUAUAAGAAGAGAUUUCAUAAGUUUGAUGCAGACCAAAAGGGCUUUAUUACCAUUGUCGAUGUUCAGCGUGUAUUAGAGAAUAUCAAUAUCCAAAUGGAUGAAAAUACACUGCAUGAAAUUCUGAAUGAAGUGGAUUUGAACAAAAAUGGACAAGUUGAACUCAAUGAAUUUUUGCAGCUGAUGAGUGCUAUUCAAAAAGGAAGGGUGUCUGGCAGCCGACUGGCAAUACUAAUGAAAACAGCAGAAGAGAACCUGGAGGGACGGGUUCCCAUUCCGGUGGACCGAAGUUGUGGAGGACUGUGAGUGUGACCAGAAAAGCUGGAGCCAGCAAACACAGGAACAACAGAUCAUCAUGUAACGAGAGGUGACUUACAGCACUCCAAAUAGUGGAUAUGGAUAGCUGCUGAUUUUGAACAUUCCAAAGCUUUAGGAUGUUGAUGUGUACCCUUUAUUUGUAUUUGCCCUUCCAUCUAUCUUCUAAAAAGUGUAUUUUACCUUUUUCGCAUUUUCAAUACACCCUGACUGAAUAUUUUGUAUCCAUUUUGUGACCUGUUAGACUGGACAUGCUCCCUUUUUGUGUGUUUAUUCAUUUAUUCUACUUCAGUUCUAGAGGCAGAAUAUUUUGGCUGAAAUUGGAAAAAGCUGGAAAAGUUUUAUGACAUACACAAAGCUCUGGACAUUAAGCUUAUAGGUGGUAUUUGUUCUUAAAAGAAAUUGAGCAAGGAGUGACCUGUUAAAACGAUAGUUUCUGGAGACCUCCCAGCUCCUUCUUCCUCCUGCUUGUCUGUCUUCCUCAUCUAAACGAUAUUGUACAAUUUUAUUUCUAGAGCAUAACUGGCAAAACUGCAGAGGGAAGGAAAAGUUUAGAUCUGGUUAUAGGAGCAAGUCUCAGAGAAACUCUAAAAGCUUCCAGAAUCACAGGUAUAAGAUAAGGAUAGCAUUGACAUUUGCUGGGAGUUACCGUGAUAGUUCCAUCCCAGAAAUUCAUCCCCCCCCCCCCCCCCCCCCCCCGUCACUGCUGGUUUUUCUUUGACUAUUAUAGUUGCCAGAAAGAUUCUUGCUUUUCUUACUUUAAAACCAGCAUUUCAGUGGUAAAUUGGAUAUAAUGGGAUGAAACUAAAUUUCUCAAAUCUUCACAGUAGUAAUAAAUUUACGGAUUAAAAACCUGUGUUUUAUAUCGACAGAUGAUAGCAUAAUUUUCAAUCUCCAAAUCCUAAAUCUUAGAGCAUGUGAUAUUGUCAAAUGUGGCCUAUUUUGCUUAGUUUAUUGCAUCAUUUUGGGGGAUUAUUUGUAAACAGGUAGUAACGAGGGUAGAAAUAGCCUUUAGGUAGCGUUAUUUAUAAUUAUUUGUAAAAAGGCACAACACUGCAAUAUUCAAAGUUAUUUUGGUUGCUUAAAGCCUUUCUCAUUCUGUACUCAGUGCAAAAGUUCUCUGUCAACCAAAAAGAAAAAGAAAAUACACACACACACACACACACACACACACACACUACAAAGACACAAAACAAAAACAAAAAUUAAUCUGCAUUGACUUUAACAAAUAGUGUAUUAAAUUUAAAGGGCCAAUCUGGCAUGCUUUUGCAGUAAUUUAAUGGCAUUUUAGCCAGUCAUCUGAAUGUUUAUUUAUUCAUUGUGCUUCCUUUUGUGAAGUUAACUACCUACUUUUUGUUUCUUAAGAUCAGGUUGUGCAAGUAAUAGGAAAUCUAAUCCUUCAUUUAAUGUCAGGUUCUCAUUGCGCAGGCUUAAAAUCUUGAUUUUUAAACUGGAACAUAAAACACUUUGUGCUGUUAUUUUUAUUUAUGUCAACCUUGUGGAAUAUCUUUAGGCCUCAUUCUAGUGGGGUAUAAGCCUCUCUGUCAUAAUAGAAACACUGGAAAUUCACUCACCUAAGCCCCCACCUUCACCGCUGAAACAGUUAAGAGAGCAUCUUCACUCAUUUUGUUUUUAAAGGAUGUUUAGACUUGCCACUUCCUAAAGGAAAACCUAAAGAGCAAGUGAUGCUCCCAGGUACCACUGUGAACUUCUUUCAAGGUGUGGAUUUUUUACACUGGCUUUUAUUUGAUUUUUUUAAAUAAUGGAAGCAUGUGACUUUUGUAAUUUAGUGUUUUUCUAUCACUGUUUAGAAUCCAGUGACACUGACUAGAUAGAAGAGCUGUCCUUUAAAACAUUACAGAUGACGUACCACAAUAUUGUACAUUUGUGCUCUCUCUCUUUUUCUCUCUUUUUCUUUUUCUAGUUAGAGCAAGAAAAGAAUGAGUUGUGUCCUCCCUGAAUCCAUUACAGUAGGGACUGGGCUUAUAACCUGACUGGCCUGAGCACAGCUGUAUUUGUCACACAGGCCUUGUUUGUGCACGCUUUGCUAUGAGUGAAGUUCCUUUAAGGACAAAGAAAAGUGCACUUUUCUUCUUUUGAACAUAUCUGCUUUUGCUUAAAAUCUGCUAAUGCUAAAACAUACGCUCCUUCACCCGUACCAGAGACUCGUCUUGGAAAUGAGCUGGUUCCAAGUCUUUACUGUGAAUAAAGCACUCCUGCAUUUUUGUGUGAGUUCUUAAUGAAAUCUGGACAGCUUCUUUACCUGAUGUCAAAAAAGAUGAAAAGAAAUGGGGGAUGAGCCCCUUCAACGCCUAUUCCAAACCCAAGAGAAUUUUUUUUGCCUUUUCAUAAAAAUAUGAUGUUAGGUGAUUCUGUUGGGGUGGGGGUGGGGUGUGCAGAGAUUGUCUUUUUAUCAUCAAGUGAUUUCUUUCAAGAGCCUUUAAGGGGAUUCAGGUGAAGGAACCCCCCAUCUGUGGUAGAAAGCCGGACGCUCCUUUAGGAAGCCCGUAGCACAGUCAGAACAGAAGUGCUAAUGCUGGAUUGUUUGUUAAGCCAAGGCUGCUUGCCUCUUACCCAUCAGGCUUGCAAUAGUCUCGCUUUCAAUCAAUUUAUGCUGAGUCUAACUUUAGGAUUUCUACUAUUAAAGCACGCUCCCUAUUCUGCUUUAGUUUCUGGCUUUGUUUUGUCUUUUCCAAAUUAUGUAGCUUACUGCUCACUCUUUUGUACGACGAAAAUUUCAUUCUGACUUUUACUAAACAUACUCUAAGAAUGAUCGUUGAUCUUAUUUUCUUCCUUUUUAUGUAUUUGUAACAAUUUUGGCAUAUGAAUGUAAUAAUAUUGACGUCCACGAUGCUAUAACUUGUGCUGUUUUGCAUUAUUCAACUCUUUUUAGGGAGUAAAAAGCCCUACUGUGUUUUUAAAGAAUAUCAAGUAUAAGCCCAGUACUGGAGUGGAUAUACACACUGCAUGUUUUCAUAUGUGGCACUUUUAUGUAUCCUAUUGGGUUAUUGUUCUAGAUUGGACUGUUAAAUACUAUGUUUGAGGCUGGGUUGUCAUUUUUAUAACUGUCUUGGUGUUUUACCGCCGUUAUUUAUUACUUUUGAUAUACAGAAUGAGCUGCAUGCAUUUAUAGAGCAAUAAGAGGAUGUAUUUAAUGUGCCUUGUUUUUAACUGAAUAAGAACUGAAAGCAUGAAUCAAUAAAACUGAUUAAAAUGGUCCAUUUGCUGGCAUUUUAAUGUUACUUGCAGUCAGAGAAAUAACUUUGAUUACUGUUGAAGUUUUAAAAAGUUUGAAAAUAUUUUCACAAACUAUAUCUUUCAUGGCACUUACACAUUAAUUCUUUUAGCUUGAUAUUUUGUAAUUUGAUCUAAAAAGUGAAUCUCUGCAUAGACAGCUGUAAUUUUAUGAGUCUGCCAGGAUUAUUUGUAUUAAUUUGUUGCUGGAGCCUUUAGGGCAUGACAUCUGUAUUUGUGCAAUCCUAUUCUAAAAUUACAGUCAUUCUAUUACAACUCAGCUGAAUUUUUUAUUCCUUUCCUUUUUUUUUCUUUUGGUCAACCAGAGCCUUUUAGCCUGAGUGUUCCCAGGCACACUGAUGAAUUUUAUCAUAACUAAAAUCAAUAGAAAUGAAUGGGAAAGAUUACAUAAUCCAUUUUGAUCAUCUUACAUGUCAAGUUAGUGCGGGGUUGCCAAGUGUU